AAAAGCAUGCGCGUAUGUAUUACACGUAAAUUCGUGAAGAAGGAUGUCCUACAGAUAUUUAUACGUUGUCCUCAGUUUUAUUGUAAUUUUUCACGGUAUAAACGGUGAAAUUUCUGUAAAAAAAAAUGAAAAACAUAUCGAUACCGCGAAUAAUUACGACGCCUGUUUUGAAAGUUUCGACGUCCACACUAAUAAAAUCAUUAAAACCGAAGAUUCAUGUGAUCUUGGUGCAAAAUAUUUAAAUGUAAUGGAUCUUGAAUCUAGAGAAGACUGUUUUAAAUAUUGUUGUAAUACAGAUAAAUGUGAUGUCUUUAUAUUUGAAGAAAAAAAACCAGGAAGUUGUUACUUGUUCGAAUGCGGACCACUUGAAGACUUCAAAUGUAAAUUUACCAAUCAUGUUAAUUACACAAGUGCAGUACUUACCAAUUACAAUAUACGCAAUCAUGCUCAAUUGGAAGAAGAAAUUCAAAUUUCUCGACAUGAACACGAGUUAAAAUCAUUAAGAAAACUUUCCAAUGUUCCACCGGUUGAGUAUGCUGCUACAGAACACACUGUAAAGCCAAGUGUUACUAUAACAUCGAGUCCAAUUUUAACAACACCGCCAGCUAAACGAGGUUGCAGUCAUAAUCAAUACGAGUGUCGUUCAACCGGAGAUUGUAUAGCAAUAUACAAUGUUUGCGAUGGUAUUCCACAAUGUGCUGAUGGUUCUGAUGAAGCAGCAGACCUUGUAUGUCCUACUGAAAAGCCAACUGUCUCAGCUUCGGUAGUGAUACAAGGACCAUCCCCGCAAUUACCAUCUAAUGUUAUGAAUUAUCAUCAAAUAAUCAAUCAACGCAAAGAAAUUUAUCCUCGUGGCCCAGAGAAUAAUCCAAAGCCAUGGGAAUUAUCAAAUUUAGCGCAUCAAGUAUUGUCGCAACCGCAAAAUCUUUUAUAUCCAGUACAAAUGGAAAAAAGCUUUGGUUCGCCAGCUUAUCAGUGGGAUUAUCAACCAAUAUAUGAACAAAACAAAGAUUCCUAUGUCCCAGGAAAUUCUUAUCAUGGACAAAAUAAUUUUAAUGCAUAUGAUCAAAACCAGCCUCAUAGUUUUAAUAACAAAGGACCUAACGUUAUAGGAGAACCUGAUGUAGACGGUAAUGUUUACGCAGAUUCGAAAAAUUCUUAUCCAUCACACUUUUCGUUAACACCUAACAAAGGAAUGUGGCAAGAGGCUCAAGUUCAGUUAGUACCAUCAAUAACACCAAAUCUUCCACAAAAAUUAGACAAUUACUUAAGUAAAGAUACAAAGAAUACAGUAUCACCACCUUGUGAGACAUCGGUACAACAUACUGAUACAUUAAUUAAAGAGAAAGAGCACGGUAAAGUAGAUAAAAAGAAACAGGAAGAAACAUCAAAUAUUAAAAUAGAUAAACAUAAUACAGAAAAAUCGAAUACAACAAAAAUUGACGUUUCCAAACAAAAUCAUGGACAUAAAAGUGAAUUAACAGAUCAUAAAAAUAUAAUUUUGGAGAAUCGUGAAAAAGAACAUGAAAAAAGUGCUGUAGUUGCAGAGUAUCUUCAACAAACAAAUGACAAUGACAAUCUAAGACCAAAAGGUGCAAUAAUUUCCUUGGCAUUAGGAUUAAUAACUACAGCUAUUACUGCUGCAUUAAUAGCUUAUCUAUUACGAAGAGUAAAAAGACGUGGACAUCGUGGACACGGACCUUAUGCUCACGAUCCUGAUUAUUUAGUUAAUGGAAUGUACCUUUAAUUAUAUUAAAACAAGUUUACUGAUAGCUCCCUAUAAUUUUACUAAUCAUAUAAUGUUAAUAUGUUUCCAAAUUUCAUUAAUUUCAUUCGAUGAAUUUUCAAUUUCAAUGACGCGUAUUGUAGUAAAGAAUAAAUCAUUGUUAAAAAAGAAGAUUGUAACAAAUAGAAUAUUUUACAUUUGUAAUCAUAUGUAAUGUUUUUAAAUGUUUCAAUUUCAUCAUUUUAUCUCGUACUUCUGAAAAUGAUGAAUGAUAGACAAUUUAUUACAUUUAUGUGAAAAAAACCUUCUUUACAAAUAUGAUUAGUAUUACAAAUAUAAUUAAUAUUACAAAUAUAAUUAGUGAAGAAAUUUAGUAAAUCUUUGUACUGAAAUAUUAUUUUUUAAUGUAUUAACAAGACGAUGUAUGAUAAAUGAUACAAAACAUUCACUUUGAUUCAUAUUUGUUAAAUAUUUUUUCAUUAUAUACUGUUUAUUACCUGAGGCAUCUUAUAUUCAAACAGCACGAAUCUUAAAAUUAUAGGACUAAUAGUUAUACUGAAUGUUUUCUAUUGUUAUUAUACAAAUGUUCUGUUAUUUCUUUCUCCUUUUUUCUUUUUCUUUUCUUUUCUUUUUCCUUUUUUUUUUAUUUUUUUUAUUUCUUUUCUGAAUAUAUCUUUGAAAACAUAGGCCAAUAUGUUUAGGUGUAAUCCAUCGUUAAUACAAUGUUGUAAAUAUAUAAUUCAUACAAGCAACGUGCGUAAUCAUGCAUUAUUUUACAUAAUAUGUUAGUUCCUUACAUUUUAAAUAUACAUGUUCAUUAUAAAAGAGACGUGCAUAUAUCGAGAUUACUUUAAUAUAUAUUUUAUAUUAAAGAAAAAGGAUAUACUUUGGAAAAGUAUCUAUGAUGUUCAAAUAAGAAUACAGUGCUUUAUAUAAACAGUGUUACGAUUA